AUGCCAGUGCUGUCGACCACCACAUACUACUCGGGCUACCCCUCCAACUCGUCGCUAUCACGCAAUGGGUCGUCCACCAGCUCUACCUUCUCGUCGCUCCGACCGUAUUCGGCCUCAAGUCUCAGUCAAAAGAGUCUUUCCUCAGUCAAGAGUAGAUCCUCUUACGACCUGACGGCAUACCGGCCCUCAAACUAUUUAAGCACUCACUCGACGUCCACAUCGUAUAAGUCACCCUCCAGUCUGCUCUCAACCAAUACCUCAACUUAUAGUUCGAGUCGCUAUUCGACUGGACUUUCAUCGUCGCCCUCAUCGGUCACACUCACCCGUUAUAAUCAAAGGCGAUCGAGUCUGGACUACACGGAACCAGACAUCCCCUCCAAGAUAUCUACACCAGUGGCCGGUUUAACUAAUUUAGGCAAUACAUGUUAUAUGAACUCGGUACUCCAAGCACUUUUUGCCACUAAGAGUUUAAGAGAUUACAUUACUAAUGGCUACGAGUCUUCAGGAGGAACACUGUUUUCUGGUUUGUGCCGUCUAUUCAAAGAAAUGUCAGCUAAUGCUCGGACUGGUUAUGUUAAUCCCUCAUCAUUCAGACAAAUGUUUAUCAGCUAUCAGCCAAAAUUCAGAGGAUAUGAUCAACACGAUGCUCAAGAGUUCUUGAGAUAUCUGAUUAACGGAUUACACGAUGAGGUGAACAAAGCAAAAAAGAGACCAAAGACUAAGCUCAUUGAACCAAAUACAUCACAAGAGGCGUGGAAUCAAUAUAAAGGAGUUAUAGACGACUCGCGUCUCAUUGACUUAUUUGUGGGACAGUUCUCAUCAGUCAUUAAGUGCACCGAAUGUCAUAACACCAGCAGUUGUUGGGAUCCAUUCUUCGACCUCUCACUACCUGUCUCUCGGUACGGGUUUGCUGUCCAUUACUAUCCAUUACGCUAUUAUAAUCUGAAAAAGUUCGCAAACGAUGGCUUCAAGCUCUCGAGUCAAGACAUUAGUGUGAAUGCGAACAUCACUAUCGAUGGCAAGACAUACCACUUGUACGCCUGUGUCUGCCAUCACGGAUACUCAUCGCGCAGUGGCCACUACACUGCGUACUGUCAAUACGAUAACAAGUGGUUUCAUUUGAAUGAUGAGAGAGUGAAGGACGUGUCGGACACUUUCAAUCCCACUAAACUGACCGACGCUUAUACUACCGGUAGAGUUCGCUGUGGAGGGGCUGUGAGGCUGUGCGUGUCGUACUACGACCCGGUGUGCAGCGCAUGCGCACCCACUGUAGUGCUCACUGAAGGCAUUGCCACACAACGGUUCGAGAGGCGUCCGGAAGGCACUUAUCAGAGACUCAGAGGUCAAGAUUUGGACCUUCCGUGUGUUGUUCGGCAUUUGCAGGGAGAAUGUCUUUGGCUCAAGAACAAUAAAGUCCAGACCAGUAUUGCCAGCAAAUACAAGUUUGAUAGACAACCCUCUAAUGGCGAUUGUUCCCUUCGUAUCUUCAAUUUGGACACAGCUCUAGAUGAGGGCGAAUGGCAGUGUCAGGUCACCCAACCAUCACUCACUGUAAUGGGUCUGAGCUCAGAGCCCGUCAAAGUGGUUGUUCUCGUGGCUCCCAGUCCCCCCUUCUUGCAGAAAGUGGAAUCAAAUCGUCUGAAUUUGUUGUCCGACAGAAGCAAUGAAGUCGAGUGUAUCUCUCAAAACGGAAAUCCUGCGCCUCGUAUGGAGUGGUAUAUUGACGGUGAAAAUGUGACAACACAUUCGCGAACUAACAUCGAUUCAGUCACUGGCGACUCCCCUAAAGUGACAUCUGUUUUGAGUUAUAUCUUCAAACGAAUGCAUCGCAACUCGACGUUAAGCUGUCUAUCCAUCCAUCAAACGGUGUCUCAAAACACUUCGGCCCGCAUUAAUGUGUUGUACGCGCCACAAGUGACUGUCCCUCAGAAGAUCUACACUAUAAAUGAAGGCAACAGUUUGCGUGUCGAUUGUCUCGUCGACUCCAACCCUCCAACGAACGCCGUUUGGAAAGCUUUAGAUCCGAACCAUCAAUUCCGGACUGAAUACCGCUCCAACUCUCUGAUCAUUGAUAGUGUGACUAAACGUAUGGAUAGAGCGGUGUUUGAGUGCAGCGCUCGCAACGAAUACGGCGCCUCCAAUGAGGAACAGAUCACUUUAGAUGUCUUAUUCGAGCCGACACUUGUGAGCUCCUCAGACCCGCAACAGUCCGUUGAAUUGGGAGAAUCGCUUCGACUGUUUUGCAAUUAUGAGGGCAAUCCCAGACCCAAAAUCAUGUGGUUUCACAUCAAUCCCAUCACAGAUCAGGUCCGAAAUCGUCCCAAUGAUGAGAACAAUGCCAACGAAUUAGUCAUUUCUAACGCCACUUAUCACGACGAGGGUCAUUAUUAUUGCGAAGCAUUAAAUCACAACAGAAUUACAAACAAAGAGUUAAUCGUCAGAAGCGCUAAAAUAAUUGUCGAUAUUAUGGGCCGACCGGCGAUCAUCCAAAAGAAGAACACAGCGUAUGGCUAUAGUGGCAAAGACACUGAUGUGGAGCAGGCCUUCUGCAGUGAUCCCACGCCCUCACAGGUCUACUGGCAAUACGGCUCUAUGAGAGUCGAUAUCAAAAAUGAUGGACAACACGAUAGAAAUCAUUUGAUUCCCGAGAAUAAUAUUUCCAAAUCGAUGAGACAUAAGGCCCGACCCCUGAUCGCAAUGGACAAACACAGCUCUUGGCCUAAACCCACCUGUUUUAAGGCUAUCCUUUCCAUUGCAAACACAGAUCUUAGUGACGAAAGAGAUUACACACUGUUUGUCGAGAAUUCUAGAGGAGUCACACAGAGUAUCAUUAAAUUAAAGGUGAACUCUCCGGUCUCAGCGGCGAUAAUGAUUACAAUUGGAUUAAUAGUGUUAAUAAUGCUUUUGGCGUUAACUUUGGUAACGAUGUUAGUAAUAAAGCGCCGAAAACUGGCCAAAGAGAAGGCCGACGACGAGAGCAAAGCCGAGGCUCGAGCGCCCAUCAAAUCAGAUACCGAUAAACCCGAGAAAGAACCCGAAAAAGGGAAGGUAGAGAAUCACGAAUUAGUUUACGCCAACUUAGACUUCGUAAAACCAGACACUAAGCCAUCCAAAGCCAAACCUCAGGCCCAACAGCGCCAACACAAGACCAAUGGCGGCAAUUCGGGCACAGAAUACGCACAAAUCACUUUCACCAAUAAGGCUGACCUCUGAUCAUCCAAGUGAUUGCGAUUUGUUUGGCAACAGUUUCAUACAGUCUUAGAUACAGAGUUCUAUACAAUACAUAUUUUUACCAUAUAUUAUGAUACGAGUCGACUCUUUUGGUCAACUAGUGGUCGAUUAUCUCCUUCCGAACUGAUGUGUCAAUUGUGAUAAAAGAGAGUAUUUUUGCAAUAAUUCACACAUACUUUGUAUCACUUAAUCGACAAAAUGCUUAAACCAUUCAUCAAUUCAUUAAAUCUGUCAUCAAAUAUAUUUUUCUUAACAUAAUUACCACAUCCCUUGUCUCACAAUUAACUCAAAGAAUAACAGUCGGGACUCGAAGUGGGAACAGAUGUUCACUGAUAUAGUGGUCAUUGCCUUCAAAUCUUCGUUACGUUUAAUCAUUACUUUUAUUCACGU